GAAAAAAAAUGCAUGUUUGUGUUGUGUAUUUGCUGAAUAAAAUAUACAACUUCUUUUUCAUUAAUGUUCUCUUAAUAAAUAUCUUCAGAUUUAUUAGAUGGGACUUGUUAAAGAUAUUUUAAUUUGUUGUACUGCUUUAACACAAGGCAGUAAUUUUAUAGAGAUUAUUGAAAAAAUAACUUUAAUAAGGCUAUAUUCUGAUUUUUACAUACAUUUAAGAUGUACUGUUAGCUUAAUUUUGUGUAAAUUGUGAAUUUUCUUUAAUGCUACUCUGAAGGUUUGUCAUUUGCAGGCUGAAACCAUAGACAGUUCUGCAACCAGUGGCUUAAUUUCAGUAAUUAAUCUCGCAAUAUUUCACUGAACGCUUUGUUUACAGUGAUAAUGGAUUUCUUAAAAUCACAACUGAAUCUAAGCUAUUUUGAGGAAUUCAGAUGUUUUAAUUACACCGACCAGCAGAUGGCGCUGAAGUCUCUGGACGGCCGAGAUGUAGGCGGAUUUGCUCUGACGUUGCCCACAUUUGGGAUUAACUUGUUUUUUUAUAUAUAUCGCCAUAUCCCUCGUAUUUUUGCAAACGAAGCCAGAUGAGCUGAGGAUAUUGAAAAAUAUAAAUUUGCUUCAGUAGGCCCUUCGUUUCAGCCAUCUCUCUGCGUUGGGUUUUGGAAAUGGGACGGGGAUGUCCUGCGGCGCAUAUUGAGAGGCUGACUGAGGAGCAGCAAACGUCGCACUGACUGAGCCUACUGCGCCGAUGUCCCCUUACGCUGAUAAUAAUAAUUAUAAUAAUAAUGGGGGCAGACGGAAGUAAAAACAGGAAGAGGGCCUCAGGAGGGGCUGAAGACGAGCCCAUCCCAUCUGGAUGGCGGGGUCUCCUCUCCAGCAUGGGCCUGUCCAUCCCAGAAGGUCUCUGCCGCCUGGCCCCACCCGCCCUCCGUCUGGGCCAGCGUCGGAUGCUCCAAGGAAAAACCCCUGAGGUGCCAGAGCACGUCCUCAGGUUGGCGGGAGUCGGACCAGGCAGGCUGAGAGGAGAAUGGAGCCUUCCAGGCUUCGUUACCAUGUUUCUGCCUGAAUUCCCCCACAGAGCUGUGCCAGGGCACGAACACUUUCAGGUGCUGGGAUACAUUGCCAAAGGUUCAUUUGGACCCAUUCUGAAAGUGAGGGACAAGUCCAAACAGAAAACAUAUGCUGUUAAAGUUAUACCUAAAGCAGAGAUUUUAAGGCUGGCGGUUUUGGAGCAGUCAAAAGAGGAAGUUAUAGUUCAGCGUCAGGUUUGCCACCCAUUUGUCCUCGACCUCCAGGACUGCUGGCAGACUCAGCGCCACCUUUACAUUAUGUGCGACUACUGCAGCACAGGGGACCUCUACACCUACUGGCAGAUGAUUGGUCAGUUCUCAGAGGAAACCAUGCGAAUAUUUGCAGCAGAGCUGGGAUGUGCACUCGGGUUUUUGCAUGACUUUGGGAUCAUCCACAGGGAUGUAAAGAUGGAAAACAUCUUAUUGACAGACAACGGCCACCUCCGCUUGGCUGAUUUUGGUUUGUCCCGCCGCCUGGAGAGAGGAGGCCGAGCCUUCACAAUCUGUGGAACCAUCCAAUACAUGGCUCCAGAGGUACUCAGUGGUGGACCUUACAACCACGCAGCUGAUUGGUGGUCACUGGGAAUCCUGCUAUUCUCCUUGGCCAUUGGGAAGUUCCCUGUUCCUCCAGAACCAGAUCAUUGCAGCAUGCUGAGGAAAGUGAGGAGUUUUCCCUAUGAAAUGCCCCUGAGCCUGAGCUCACCGCUCUCCAUGUUAAUAACAGAGCUUUUGUGCAAAAAUCCACUACGACGCCUGAGGACCUUGGAACGUUUCAAGCGCCAAACGUUCUUCUUUGGGACAUCUUUUGACCUCCACCUCCUUCAGCGUCGACCUGUGCAGGUGAUCUUGGAGCUGAGAGAGAGACCAGACCGUGCUGCCAAAGCUCGACGGGGCCUCACUUUGUCCCUGCUGCCUCUGAAGGGCUUUGACUUUGAUUCCCUGCUCAGCCCUGCCGCCACGCCGGACACACAGCUGGACGGAGACACACACACACGCACAGCUGUACCUCUGCCUGGCCCCUCACUGCAGGGGCCAGGCAGCGGGGGGCCUGCUGCAACCAGGCCCCUCAACUUUUCCACUCAGGAAAAAGUUGCACGCAGGGAAGUGUUUGUGUGAGUGAUUAUAAGUCUGGCUGCAGCGUGGAAGGGAAAGGCCUUCAUCAAAUGGUUUUGAUUUUGUGCAAAUUUUCCUCAUUUUUUACCCUCCUUAAAAUUUAGGAGAGUAAAAGUGAAGGAUUUAAAUACAUAAUCCCCCAUAUUUACAUGGCCUUUCAAAAGUAUCCAUUAUUGUGACAUUGUAGCCACAAACCUCAAUGUGUUUUUUAGGGAAUUUAUGAGAUAGACCAACUUUUAAGUAAUGCAUAAUUGUAACGUGGAAGCACAAAUAUGCAUGGUACUUUAAAAACUGAAGCAGGAAAUCCUUUUGGGGUAUUUCUCUACUGGCUUUGUAUGUUGAAACUUUACUGUGUGCACACUAUUAUUGCAGAACAGCUGAAGCUGAACCAGACUGGAUGAAGCCACUGAACAUUCAGAUUAUGUCGCUUAAAUGUUCAACAAACAUCUGAAGACAACGUUCAGCAAACAUUGGCUGAUCAUACAGCCAUACAACAUCUACAGACAACACUGUCUGCUAUGGGAAAAGUUUGGUCUGAAUAAAAAUAUGCAAUUACAAAGAAACAAAUCACACCAAAUAAAACACGUUUCCAGAUAUUGUUUUUAUAUGAAACCACUGACAAUAUUUUACUGUAUCUUUGUCACCUUCAAAUGUCUUAGCAGCUUCAACAGAUACAAACUAAUAUCAGAACAAUUGAAUCCUCAUUUUAACAUAAAUUGUAUCCAUGUGUAUACCGGUGUAUACUACAGAAAAAAUGAAUAAUUGUCCUUCUACUUUGCAGUUAAGCUUUACUUUGCGUUGCUUUGUCUCAAUUCUACUCAUAAAUUAAUAUUUGUGGUUAUAACAUGAUGUAAUGUGACUAAUUCAAGUCUGAAGAGUAUUUUUUGCAAGGCACGGAAAUAACAUUGUACUUUUUAAUGUAAUUUUAUUUUAUUUUACAUGUUCACCUUUUAACGUUUACUGUCUCUUUAGUAGCAGUUGUUCAGUGGUUUUGUGCCAUUACCCAUUUAGUAAAACGUCCAGAGUCUCUUCAUGGUUCGGCUGGCAAAACAUUGUGUAC